AUGGUUAAAACAAUCCCGAAGAUUAUCCCUGCCCUUUCUUACAAUGACGGAUGUCGCAACGGAAGGGGAGCAUUUGAUAUGGUCUUUGGAAAUAGAGUCUGCAGAUUUCCAGAUUGUGACCAACACCCUUGUAAAAACGGCUGGUGCGAGGAGACUAUAACGGGUUACGUGUGCCACUGUUCAACUGGAUACACAGGGAUACACUGUGAGCAAGAUUCAAAUUUAAAUUCAAACAAACCACUCCCGACUACGACCGCUACAACCACCACCACCGCGACCAUCAGUACUGCAGCCGCCAUCAUUACCACUACCACUUCCAUGACCCCUCCCCAGAUCGAGCCCUCGGUGAAGAUAUUCUUUUCGAACCACACCUCGAGCAUCAUUACUGGGGACCUUACCGAUGAACUAGUGUUAUCUUCCUUCAUGUCCUUCGAAGCUUCUGGUCGGCCAUCGGAUUUAGAGUACGACUACGUUUCUGGAAAGAUAUACUGGUUAAUUUGGCCAGGGACGCUUUAUAGAUCUGAUAUAAAUGGAACAUCCAGCGAAAUGGUCUUACAAUCAAACGAUUCAAAAGUGUGGAAUUUCUCAAUUGCUAGGAAAAUGAGGAUUCUCUUUCUGUACUUCGGGGGAUCUAGGAACAUAACAUCAAUGUCCAUUGAAAACGGGACCGUUGAUCCCACCACCAAGAGGGAUGUUGUUACUAAUCUCAUUAAACAACCAGGCGCCAUGAUGUUUGACGAUGAGCAAGGUUAUUUGUAUGCUACUCUGAGAACGUCCAUUGUGCGUAUUCAUAUACCUUCAUCUGGUGAGGUCGAGGUAGUCUAUGAAAACUCCGAAGCAACAGGCAUCAACAGAAUAAAAAUCGAUUUUACUAGAAAUGUCCGACGGAUCUUCUUCAUAGACUUCCGCCGGAAGAAGACUUUCUACAAGGACGUUGACCCGUCCGAUACAUCAAGCGCCACUGAAUUAACGGAAUACAUACCCUAUCCUCAGAACAUGACCUUGAAUGACAUUGGCUUUUUCAAUGGUGUGAUCUACUUGACACACGGUAUACCAUCAGCGGGCGUCAGUACGAUGAGAGAUUACGACCAACCAAAUCGAUCAUAUCAGUUCCAGGAAACGCAUCACUUUAGUCCUCUUCGUUUAGAAAUUGCUGUCAUUGAAGAUUGAUUUAAUCAACUUGUACAGUUUAAUGAUGUUGAUCACGAUAGUAUGAUGACGAUGUUUUUAAAUCUAAUAAAAGCACACGUGUUCAGCACUCUGUUAAUGCAAAUCACACUAGGCCUAUGUAAUAGACCCCAAAUCGUGCAUAUCAAGAUAAAUGAUUUACAUACUGUAACGAGCCAAUUACCUUCUCCUUCCCUAUUUUCAGGUAUAACUCCCUAACCUUUAUUUCUUAUAUAGCUCCUCUGUGUUUCCAUCUUCCCUCUGUCUCUCUCUCUUCAAACUGCUUCUUCCAGGUGAAUUACGAUUCGUAUAUCUUACUAUCUUAAAAACUGUAUUUUCUUACAGUUAUUCUUGAACAUUGAGCUAUAUCAAUCCAUGUUACAAGACUUUGACAAUAGGUGAAUUUGCCUUGUACAGAUUUACCUGAUUUCACAGGUACGCUAAGUAUCGGUCUCUUGACUGUCAGAACUUAACAGUUUAACAGUGGAGACCUCUUUCUAUGGACUCUUUCGUUUAGAUAUUCAAUGAAAUGUAUACAGAUGAGUGUUUACUAAAGAAGUGAGACAGGUGUCAUUUUCUAUAUUAAGGAUGUUAUUUCUUGAGUGUCGGAUUUAACUCGCGCAUUGUGCGUAACGUCACACUUACUGUUGGUACUCAACGGCUAGAUAAAGUGAUGUUAGAUGUGAUUAAAAUUGGAAUUAUUGUUGUGCGAAUA